AAGAAAAAUAUAAGAAAUUCAAAAUACAAAAACAUUUUUACUAUUUUUUUUAUUAAAGUUUUAUUUUGUAUUUUAUAUAAUAAUUUGUUGUUGUUGUUGUUGUUGUUGUUGUCUUUCGAACGCGAAUUUCGCAAAAGGCGUUGCGGUUAAGCUUUUUUAUUAUUAUUAUUAUUUAUUUUGGUGUGUGCAUGCUCGGUGUGUCGACUUAGCCAAAGUGUAAACGAAAUCGUGUUAUAUACCUUUACAACCAAACUUCCGUGAUAUUUUAUUAGCCGGUACUAAUGGUGUUACGAAAAGGAAUUUCGCGAAGGACGAUAACCACUAACACACAGCUGUCUCAGACAUGGGAAGCGAGCACUACUGUCUCCGGUGGAACAAUCAUCAGAACAACCUGCUGGGCGUAUUCAGUCAACUGCUCCAAGAAGAGUCCCUCGUGGACGUGACGCUCGCCUGUUCGGAAGAAGGCCGCCUGAUCCGCGCCCACAAGGUCGUGUUAUCCGCGUGCAGCGCGUACUUCAAGGCACUGUUCCUUGACCAUCCGACACGCCACCCGAUCGUGGUACUCAAAGACGUUCAGUUCUCUGAACUCCGUGACCUGGUCGAGUUUAUGUACCGGGGCGAAGUGAACGUAGACCACAGACAGCUGACCACCCUGCUGAAGACGGCCGAGAGCCUUAAGGUCAAGGGGCUGGCCGACAUGGCUCGCCCCAGUGACGGCGACGAUGACACCGUCGGCGACCGCGUUGAGCUGGUGCCCGCCGACCGGGACGACGAGCCCAUGGAACCGGAAGACCUGCGGCCGUUGAGCCGGUGCCGGACGCCAGUACCAGCCGAGAGCCGCACCCCGUCGCCACCACCCACGGAGAGCGACGACAAUCUUUCCAUGCAAAGCGAACCCAGCGACAUGACCACUGUCUGCAGACACGACGACCAACCGUCCCCGUCCGGUUCCGGUCUGCCACCAGUUCAGCAAGUACCUUUGUUCUUGAAGAAAGAAGCUGACUGUGACAAGACUGACGACCGAAGCAUUCAAGGGGAAAGCUCUUCAGAAUUUCGGAGUAUACCAGAUCCGGAGCGCGACAGCAGGACGACGACGACGACGCCAACGACGGCAACGACAACGACGAUGACACCAACGACGGAAGCUGUCGUCGCUUUGUCCGCGAUACCGCCGCGGUUUUAUACGUGCUUGUACUGCAACCUAACGUUCCCGCACCAGAGCAAACUGACGCGGCACAUACUGUCGCACAGCCUGGACAACCAACCCGGUGGCACAUCGUUUACGGACCCCGGCGGCGGUGGCUUGUCCGUACCACCACCGCUGUCGUCGUCGGCGGCGCUGUCACUGUCGCUAUUGUCCGCGUCGUCGUCGUCCACCGCGACGCUGCAGCAAGCGUGCGGCAUAGCGGGCGCGGCCGCGAUGGACGACGGUGUGGGCGGUACGCUUUGUAAGUUUUGCGGCAAAACGUUCCCGGACGUGGCCACACUAGUCGGCCACCUACCCGCGCACACCGGUGACCGGCCGUUCAAGUGCGAGUUCUGCGGUAAAGCGUUCAAGCUUCGGCACCACAUGAAGGAUCACUGUCGCGUGCAUACCGGCGAACGGCCGUUUCGAUGCGCGCUAUGCGGCAAGACGUUCAGCCGGUCGACAAUACUUAAAGCGCACGAGAAGACGCACUAUCCGAAGUUCACGGGACGCCACCGGUUCGUGUCGUCGCCCAGUCCCGAAGAGGAACCCGGAGGAGGAGGUGGAGGAGGCGGGAUGUUAGUAGGUGGUGGGUUGGGGAAUUUCGGAGGCGGAAUGGCGCAGGCGGUUGCGACCAUCGCGUCCGCCGCCGUCAGACCAUUCGACUUGACCGUCAUCCAGCAUCAUCAUCACCACAGGCACGGCAGCGGGUCGCCACCCGCCCCGCCGCCGCCUCCACCCACGCCACCAUGACGACGAUUGUUUCCUUAUAGAGUGUAGUAGAAAUAGGGUCGCGCCGGGACCGUUCUCUACUCGCUCAGUCAUAUACGAUAAUAUACUAUUAUAUAUUUUGUUACAUUGUAAUAUCCGUCAUAUAUUAUUAUUAUUAUUAUUAUUAUAUAGUUAUUAACUUAUUAUUAAAUUGCAUAAUUCGCUAUAUCUGAUAAACUGAAAACACACACCACCACGAUUAAUGGUUUUCGUAGGUGAUUUUUUUGAACGUGAAAAAAAACUACCCAAAUUUAAAAAAUACCGUCUGAAUUAAAUCUUGAAAUGACUUUGGCGGACGUGCUUUCGUCCUCGUCUACAUUGGUUCCUACUUCCUAUGUAUACCUACGUAUGUAUUCAUGUCAUAUACGCGCGAUACAUUUAGUCGUUUGGGUUUUUUACACGCUUUGUUGCGUGACGAAAAACAAAAACGAUCGUUGGAACGUUUAACGGCUUCACCUCCCCCCUCCCAAAUAAUUUGCCCCACUCACCCCAUCGCCGAAGGUUAGGAUCGUACGCGAAAACUGUUCAAAUAUUUUAGGUUAGAAUCAAUACCUGCACGCGCCGCGCCGUCUUUCAUGCAUGCCUCAUAUUAUAUUGCGGUGCCCUUGUCGGCUUGCGUUUUGUCGACGGUACAUGAGACGGCAAAAUUGGCCUCGGUCAACAAAUCGUCGAGAGGAUAUAAGUGAUAAAACUAUAAUAGUAAUAUGAUAUGCACACUGUUAAAAACCGAUGGGAUGUAUAAAUACAAUACGCAGUGAAAUUAUUGGCUCGAAUGCCUUCACACCUAUAAUAUAGGGCACUGAAAUCGGCCGCAUAUUAUAUGGAUGAAAAAAAGCUUAUAAUAAAAAUUAUCUAUGAUUUUUGUUUCGGCAUCCGUCGAAAUUAGGAGUGCGUAUUGGUGAAUUUUCCUCCCCAGCCGUUGGCACUGUAUUCGAUUUACUAUCGACAUUUUCAAACAUAAAGUACGACAAAUACGCAUGAUCUUUUUUAGCACGUUAGACUAAUUUAUGCUUUGGAUAUUCUUAUCUUUACUACGUUUAGCAACAAAAUUAAACAGCCGUCGACGUUGCUGUUAGAUUCCGAACGGACGACUGAAUCUGCGCGUAUAUUAUGGUACAUAGCUUGCGUACAUCCCGUCCUCCUUCAACGCCAUGAGCAAUACCAGAUCGUUGUAAAAUUCUCAAUUAAAAAAUUAACAAUAACAAAUAAUAAUCACCGUUUUUAAAAUACAUUUGAUUUGUAUUGAAACGUUUUCAAACACAAGCCAGAUGUUCUGUUUUCACACAGAAUUACAGAAGUUUAAAAGAGUUGGACGCAUCAUUUAUUAUUCUCCCGACACGAAGACAACAUUUUAUUCAUCCGUAAAUUGUAAUUAUUUUAAUACUCUCUAGAAAAAAACCUCCUUUUUUUUACGUUCAAGCUAAUUACUUUUGAAAACUUUACAUUCAGAUGAACCCCUUGAGUACUUCUAACAUUAGUAACAAUUAACGGUGUGUAUAAUUGGUUAAGGGUUCAAAAAUCCAGAGUACAUUUUUUAACAUACUUAAUUUCGCUCAUCAUUAUUAUAACGCUCUAGCGCCUAUUCAUAAGUCAGUAGAUUUAAUUUUCUGUGAUAUACAAGUAUAGGUAUAAUAGAAUUUAUAUAUUUCUACAAAUAAUUUAACAAUAUCUAAUUUUAAUAACAGAAGUAGGCGUUAACAUGGACCAGUGCAGCUUAUUAAUAUAUUUUCAAAAGUACUGACUGACAUUACAACUUCGAAUCUGUUUUAUAAUAAUAUUAUUAGGUAGUUCCACUAAUGAUGAUAAAAUGUGUCGUUAAAAACAUUGUUAUUGUUUAUUUUAUUUUAUUUUUUAGUUAACCAACCAAAAAACUUUACUCUUAUUUGGUUUUU